CGUCAUUGACACGCAUUCGUUCGAAUACAGUUGCUGCUAUAAACAGUAUCAUUUGUAUUACCUGUAUUACUGUAACACCGGGUCUUGUUGCCAGCCCAGUGCAGGUGAAGCGGUAGCAACUCCGGUUAGUCACGACUAUAUUGCUGUCCGACUUACGGAAGUUGUAGCAAAACUGGGAGAAGGAAAACAAGUCCCGCACAAGAAGGGCUUCUGCAUUAUAAAGUCCGCCAUGACAGAAAAAAGACCAGCCACAGAUUGUGGCUCCUCUUCAGGUGAUUACAGCUCAGCAAGCAAGCGACCGAAGACUAAUGACUGUAGAGAAGAGUGUUCACUGAAUGCUGACAGUGCUGGUGAGUCAUGCGUCAGUGCACAGGGUACCCUUGAAUAUGAGAUGUGGGACCCACUUGACCAAGAUGAUGCAGAAAAAUCAAAUAACUGUCAUGAAAGUAAUAUUUACUUGUCAGAUGAAGUGGGAGCAUCUUUAGGUGAAUCACAAGCAAGUUCUUCUACUCUGCCACCUGAACUUUGGAAAAGUACGUCAUUAGAGGGAGAUGCUAGGACAAUCAAGUCAGUGUUUCCUAAUGCCAACCUUCACCUUGUGUAUGAAACAUUAGCUAAGCACAGAACUAACCCAGACUGGUUGGAUAUUACCACAGAAGCUUUGUCAGACAUUAAUGAUGGUGACAAGUCAUCUACUGGUGUCAUAAAUGCAACAAACAGAGCAGCUACAAACUUGGCAGAAAAUGUGCUUAACCAGGAUGUGAAAAAAGUAGUGCAAUUGAUACAAGAACAUAGCCCUGUCAUUAUUCUAGACUUGACAGAAGUGUACAUCAUGCUGCAACAAUAUGCUAAAAAUGAAGACCGAGUGAAAACAGUAGCAGAAACAUUUCUUACCAGAGCCAAAAGGGAAAAUGGUGAUUAUAACCAUUUUUCACAAGGUGAUUCCAUAUUUGAUAAUGCAAUUAAACUCAUUGCUGAGUUUCCAGAUAUUCAUCCAUCAGUAAUUUAUGAAAUGCUUGAAAGGGAAGGGGACAACAAGGAUGAACUAGAUUCUUUGCGAAAGACACUUGCAAACAUGGUAGAAGGUGUCGGGUCAAAGGGUUUACUGGAGGAGUUGCCACAGGGCUUAGACAACUCGCAGUCAGAUGAUUCACUUUACAGGGAUGACCCUGUGUAUCGUGAUAUGAGAACAAUUUCUAAGGUGUUUCCACACAGGGACCAGAACGAGAUAUAUGCUCUUGUUGAGGCCCAUUACUAUAAAAAAGAUCGGAUGCAGGUUGUGAUUGAUGAAUUGACAAUGCUAGAGCGAGGAAGCCAGACUGAAGCAGACAUGUACAGUCCAGCAUCAUCUCUGGAGAAAAGGCCAUCUGAAAUAGCAUUUGAUACAAGUGCUUCCCUUGAAGAUUUGCAGUCUGAGAUUGACAGCCUGCAAGAAAUCUUCCCAGACUGUGAUCCCAACUAUAUAUAUCAUAGGCUUGAAGGAGCAAAGCACAUGAAAGAUCGGGUGAAGAUGAUAGCUGAAGACAUGUUUGAGCGAAAAGACUACCCUCGCUUGAAAGAUCUGGUUGAGAAACAGACAAAACAGUCACACAAACAGCGUUUGCAGAGACUGGAUUUUACCGUGGAGGACUUUCUUGCCAAGUUUCCAGAUCCUCAAGGCACUUUUAUGGAUGAAAGAAAAGAGAUGAAGGAGAACUACACAAGUCAUGUUUGGGCUCAGCUCAACUAUGACUUUUAUACAUUCAGACAUCGCUUUGUCAAAAAAGUUGUUAAGAAGCAUAAAUAUCAUUUUCUCCCAAUUGUUCAAGAAUUAGAAGCGACCAUGGAAGAUAUCUUGACUCAUGGAGGCCAGUCCAAAAAACUGCGGAAAUCGCCCAUGUUUUUGCCUUUGGAGUAUCCACAGGAGCCUGAUGAAUAUUUUUUCUAUGAACUUUGGUAUACCAAAAAUGAACAUAUUGUAAGAGACUAUUUAGACCAGAAGGAAAAGAUGCGAACGGCUAAAAUCAAUGCAGCAAGAGACAAAAAUGAGCUUUAUGAAUGUCCUUGUUGUUUUGAAGAAGAAUGCCUUUUUGAGGAAAUGAGUUGCUGUGCAGAUGGACAUCUUUUCUGCCAAAACUGUAUUGUAUUUUCUGCCAAAACUUCAUUCAAUGAGGGAAAAACGAAAUUCCCUUGCCUCACGGGUUACUGUAAGCAUGAAAUUCCACUCUCUGUGCUCAAAAGUCUUUUACCAGCUUCGAUCUUCUCAAAGAUGUUGAAGAAACUGCAGGAAGAAGAGGUUCGCAGUGCUGGCAUCGAAGACCUUGUUGACUGCCCAUUCUGCAGCUUUGCCACAAUCAUGCCUGACAAAAAUGAUCGUGUGUUCAAGUGCCUAAACCCUGAGUGUUUGAAGGACUCUUGCAGACUGUGUCGAGAACCAAAUCACAUUCCUCUGAAGUGCAGUGAGGUUGAAAAACAAAAGGAGACGGACAUGCGAACUUUCAUUGAGAAGAGGGUAACAGAAGCUAUGAUUCGCAAAUGUCAUCGUUGUGGAAAGCAAUUUGUGAAAGAGUCUGGCUGCAACAAAAUGACAUGUGUUUGUGGAGCCACCAGCUGCUAUGUAUGCCGAGCUCGAGACAUUGACUACUCCCAUUUCGAUGGAAAACGUUGUUAUGAUGAAGACAUGAAUGCGCUGCACCAACGGGAGAUGAAGGAGGCAGCUGCAAAGGCCAAGGCAGAGUACCUGCAGAAAUAUCCUGAUGCUGCUGACAUCCAGCUCAAGCAUGACCCUCUUCAACAUCUUAAGAAAAGAAAUAGGAAAAGGGCACCACGCCAACAUUUUGAUUAUGAGGAGGAGGAGGAGGAGUGGAUUUUCCUUUAUUAUCAGGUUUAUUUUAACUUUUAAACCUUAGAGCACAAAUAGACAAAACCCACUAAAAGGAUUCAGGAAGAGACUAUAGGGUAGCAAAAGCUACGCAAGUGUUGGUUGUGUGACCUAAGCAGGGUGCCACUAUAUUGCUAGGCAUAAAACACUUAACCUUAAAUAAUGAAAAUGCAGAUGAAAAACAUUUUAUAGCUGUGAUUAAAGCACGUGAAACAAUGCAGAUGGUCAGAGCUUCGCCACAUGGGGAUUUUGAAUAUAACUGAUGACUUCAAACACCUUUCUUCUUCAGCCAAACCUCUGUGUAGACCCGUUUACAAUGUAUUCUUGAGGGUCAGAUGCUGUGUUUCAAUAUCAAGAUUGUUGGUAGUACCUCACUGACUGCUUUAUGCUUGUAGAGAUGGUAAGGGCUGUAUUGAAGUGUGUGUUGCUGGAAACUGUUGGCAUUGUCAUUAUCAUAUUGUCAAUGACAUGAUGAUGAUAGCUAAGGCAAACUUUCCUUGUUUGUGAUGAAUAAAAGCAAAGCAAACUUUUCUUAUCUCAUCAAUAAAUGCUUAGCAAUAAAGAAAUAAAUGGAAGAGAUUUAUCAUUCAAUCGAUCUAUUUUGGACAACAUGACACUUUGAAACCAUGCUGUUUUCUUGCAAUUGAUCUAGAUGAUGAACAGAUUGUAUAUUGAUAAUAGGUCGUUGCCAGCAACAUACACAACUAUAUGCACAACUGGCCUGUUACCACGUCCUAUUUUUGUGUAAGGUAACAAAAUAAAACAAACUAAAUCAAGA